UUACAUAUAGUAAACAUGGCAAAUUCGAUGUCGCAAGAAGAUAAAAAAAAACCAUCGGGCUCGUUAUCACUUCUAUUUGGAAGGAAAGAAAGCGGGAUGGAAAGAAAGUCGCAAUACAAGCAUAGAGCCAAAAAUGUGGCGAAAAUAAGGCAGCGACAUAAAGAAGAAGAAUUGGCCAUUCGAAAAGAUAGAAAAGAAAAACUCCUCAGUUCCAAGCGAUUUCGCUUUAUUGAUGGUGAGGAGCUUUCUGAUGAAAUAUCCCAUGAUGAAGUUCUGAGUGCAGCAAGAAGUCUUCAGAAACCAGGACCACAUAGACAAGAGAACUUGAGGACCCUUCGACAGGCAUUCUCUCAAGGAACAGCUUACAUUGACACUUUCUUCAAGGUUGACAACGCCUUGAACCUGCUGGUCGGCAUUUACACUGGGAAUGACUCGGCCCAACAACUUGAGGCUGCCUGGUGCAUAACAAACAUCUCAGCAGGAACUACUGACCACUCACUGGCUAUCUGUAAACAGGUAGCUCCUUACCUGGUCACUUACCUGAGUAGUGGAAUUCCUCAGUUACAGGAUCAGAGUGCCUGGACUCUGGGGAAUUUAGCAGGAGACAGUGCAGAAUGUAGACAACUGCUCCAGGCUCAGGGAAUCAUCCCCCCUCUGGUGCAACUCUUGCAGAGUUCUAAUAAAUCAGUCGUUCAAUCUGCUGCGUUUGCUUUGUCAAAUCUGGCCAAAGAAUCAACAGACAUUUGCAGUGAGAUGAUAAAGGCUUCAGUCAUCCCACAUCUACUUCCUCACCUCUCAUUCUCAUCAGAAAAUGUCAGUGUUUUAGCAGAGGUCUCCUGGGUGUUAACAUACCUUGCUACCAGUGGACUAUUCUUGGAAGAGCUGUCAACUCAAGGGGUGAUAACCAAGAUUGUCAGUCUGUUGGUGUCUCUAUCAGACAUACAGCCUCAUGAACCACAGGUUGUUACCCCAUUGCUUCGUUGUCUUGGAAACAUCUGCAGUGGACCAGACAAAUACACACUGGAAGCAAAACAGAAUGCCGAGUUACUACCCAGUCUUUGUAAAUUUUUGACCUCUGACCUACGACAUGCCCGCAAAGAAACACUGUGGGUUCUCUCAAACAUGACAGGUGAUAUCAAUGUAUGCAAGGAAGUAACUUUUGGUCCUAUUCUAUCCCAUGUUCUGGAGCAGGUGCCUGCUGCAUUUGACAUCAAGUCAGAGGCACUUUACCUUCUAUGCAAUCUGGCCUGUCAUGGCGAGGACAUCUGUACUCAUCUGGUAGAAUCCAAGAUGUUGCAGGUUGUGGUCCCCGUGCUGAAGACUCAUGACGUCGAAGUCUUAAAUCUAGCUCUGGCACUGUGUGAAAUGGCAAUCAGAAUGACCCCAAAUGGAAAAAACAUAUUUGAGAAAGAGUGUGAGGGAAUGGCUAAGCUUGAGGCGUUGGAGUAUCAUAGUAAUGAGGCCAUUAGAACAGCAGCCAACCAUAUCCUGGAUAUGUACUAUGGGGACAAGGAACAAGAGGAGAAAAUGACGUAAACAUUGAAGAAUUAUGAGAGAUUUUAAAAGAUGUUUAUUACAAGUGUGGAGUUUCUCUACUGUCCAGAACCUGUCACUUAAAGUGCAGACAGAGGGCAAUAUGUAAAGUUAGGGCAUGACCCCAUCAUAUUGAAAAAAUGUAGACUUGUGUGCCAUAUAUAUGUAGAUGGAUACAUUUAUUCUAUAUAUGUACAUUUGUAUUUUGUAAGUAUUACAGUUACAUGAAAUGAAUUGUAAUGUUUGAAACAGUGCAAGCUAAAUUGAUCUGUUGCAGGAAUAUUAAUGAAAUGAAGAUACAUUAUUCAUACAUUGGUAUUAAUUGUUUCAAGUGUUUUAGUGAUUUUUAUCAAUUAAUGUAUCCUAAUGAAUUUUAAGUGUUGUUAUCAAUGUCAGAAAUCCUGCACUUUAAAG